AUGCCACUAAUAAUACUAACCGGCUACCCCACAUCCGGUAAAACUUACCGGGCAACCCAACUCCGGGAAUACCUCCUCGCCAAAAUAUCCGCCUCCCCCUCCACCAGCCCUUCCUCAUCUCUCCGCGUCCACCUCAUCUCCGACCAUACCCUCGCCAUCCCCCGCGAAGUAUAUAAUCUCGAAUCCAAGUCUGCGAAUGAACGAUCUAACAAUGCGAGCGAGAAAGAUGCAAGAGCUUCAAUCUAUGCUGCAGUGAAGAGAGUGUUGAGUAAUAAAGAUGUGGUGAUAUUGGAUGGGGGGAAUUAUAUUAAAGGAUGGAGGUACCAAUUGUUUUGUGAGGCGAAGGCUGUGAGGACUGGAUGCUGUGUUAUGCAUGUUGGGGUUCCGACUGAUAAAGCUAAGGAGGUUAAUGAGGCGCGGUUGGAACAGAAAAAUACGUCACAUUUGGAGCAAGUUAAGGGCGGAGAGGAGAUUAAGGAGGAGAAAAAAGCAUAUGAAAAGGAUAAUUGGGAAAAUCUAGUAUUCAGAUAUGAGGAACCGAAUGCGAUGGUACGCUGGGAUUCCCCGCUAUUUACAGUUGUGUGGGAAGAUGAAAAUGUACCCGGAGAUGCGAUAUGGGAUGCUAUAAUUGGGGAUGAUUCUGAAGGAAAGAGGAAGAUAGUUAGGCCGAAUGCAGCGACAGUGGCAAAGGUUCAUAGUAGUGAGGGCUUUUUGUAUGAGUUGGAUAAGACGACACAAACAGUUCUCAACCGGAUACUGGAAUGGAGUAAAGAUCAUCCAGGAGAAGGAGGAGGAGAAGUUAGUGUAGGGGAGGAUUCGAGGGGAGAGGAGUUGACGGUGGAGUUGCCGGGCAAUCCAGUAGGAUUACCGGGAUUGCAGAGGGUGAGGAGACAAUUCAUUAGUUUGCAGAGGACGAAUGCGGUGCCGGUAGAGAGGAUUAGAGAGACUUUUGUGAGAUAUUUGAAUGAUAGUUUUGAGGCUUAG